AAAACAGCUGUUACGAACACUUCAAAAAUUUGUACUUGUUUUAAAGUAUAACCUAAUUUAAAAUAUAUGUAAAGAAAACAUAUCUUCCAGAAAAAUGAAUGACGAGAUUACUCCACCAGAUCAUAAAAAUAAUGAAGAAAAAGUUACUAAAGUUCGAAACUUAGCAGAUCUUCAACGAAUGAAAUUAGAAAAAUUAAUGAAAAAUCCUGACAAACCAGUUAUAAUACCUGAAAAACCAAAAACAAAAAAUGUUCCACCAGUCCCAGAUUUUGUUCGAAAUGUUAUGGGAUCUAGUGCCGGAGCCGGUUCGGGUGAAUUUCAUGUUUACCGACAUUUACGUCGCAAAGAAUACGCUCGACAAAAAUUCAUCCAAGAGAUGAGUAAACGUGAACAAUUAGAAUUCGAAUAUCAAGAAAAAUUAGAAAAUAAUCGUAGAUUAGCUGAGGAAAAAACGGCUAAAAAACGUGCAAAACGAUUGAAGAAAAAGGCGAAAAUGAAAAAUAAAAAACGGAAAACAAAUAAUCAACAACAAAAAAUUGAGAAAAGUGAUUCGGAAAGUGAAAGUGAUUCUGGAAAUGAGGGCACUGAUGAAGAAACUGAAAAACUAGAAAAACAGGAUGAGAAUAAAGUAAGAGGCGAAUCGGAAGAGCAUGAAAAACAAGAGAGCAAAGAAGAAAGUGAAAAUAAAGUAAGUAAUAAAACAGAAGCGCCUUCAAAUUCAAUGGAGGAAAAAGAAGUAGCUUCGACAGAAUCUGACAAUGUUAAAAGUGUACAUAAUACGAUUUCGAAAGUAGAAAAAACUUCGAAUGAACCCAAAGUUGAAGAAAAUUUACCUGAAUCGAAGAAUGAAAUUGAAGUAGAAUAGCUUUGUGUGUAAGAUAUUUGUAAGAUAUCACAAUAAAUAAUUAUAAUUUCUCAUCUCACAUGA